AACUAACAAGGAUGGUUUACUUAGAUGUCAAAGCUUUUCAAGAUGUUGACCUGAAAACUUACUCCUGGUUCUGAAAUUAACCGUUUUUUACCUUGAUGUGGGUACUCUGUUGGGUGUUUAAAAGGAAAUCAAGGUGUUUGAGCCACAAAGGUAAUAAUUCAACUAGGUCCCAUCUAAUUGAAUGCCAAUCCAUGUCAAAGACCGAGAAAAGGGGAGCUUACAGAACCUAAACAGAGACAUCUUCUGUUGCGUCUCUCCCUCUUAUAAAUCAGACCCCAAGCCAAGAGAGCAGAUUUUGUGGAUCAUCAUGUUCAUGUAGUGACUAGUACUAUCUCCUCAUUACAGAGAGUGGAUCAUAUUGAAGAUAUUUUUAAAUUUAGUAGGUUCGCAGCCUUAGUUUGUGUCAAAUAAUGGGAAGAUCGCCAUGCUGUGAUAAGGAUGGUUUAAAGAAAGGUCCCUGGACACCAGAAGAGGAUCAGAAACUCUUGGCUUACAUUGAAGAACAUGGCCAUGGAAGCUGGCGCUCUUUGCCUGAGAAAGCCGGUCUCCAAAGAUGUGGAAAGAGUUGCAGACUCAGAUGGACUAAUUACCUAAGACCUGACAUCAAGAGAGGCAAGUUCAGUGUACAAGAAGAACAAACCAUCAUUCAACUCCACGCUCUCCUCGGAAACAGAUGGUCAGCGAUUGCAACUCACUUACCGAAAAGGACAGACAACGAGAUCAAGAACUACUGGAACACACACUUGAAGAAACGUCUGGUCAAAAUGGGGAUAGAUCCAGUGACACACAAGCACAAAAACGAGACUCUCUUGUCUUCCACAGGUCAAUCUAAUAAGAACUUAGCCACGCUUAGCCACAUGGCACAAUGGGAGAGUGCUCGGCUCGAAGCUGAAGCAAGGCUAGCUAGAGAAUCAAAGCUUCUCCAUUUACAGCAUUACCAAAACAAGAAAGCAGCAGCUCCUAGUCUUUGCUUGACUCACAAGGCAUCAACAAAUUGGACAAAACCAAACGAAGGAAUGGGAGAUCAUCAACUGCUUGAGUCUCCGACAUCGACGGUGACAUUCUCCGAGAAUCUCCCUCCCAUGAUCAUGCAUUUAGGUAUCCCUACGGGAAAUAGAAACAGCAGAGUCGCCGUCUCUUCCGAACACGACGACUGGAUGAGACAAAUCAACUGUCCAGAAGAAGGAAUCGAAGAGGGAUUCACGAGCCUCUUACUCAGUGAUUCAGUUGAUCGGAGUCUCUCCGCCGGUAAAAACGCGGUCGAGGUCAAUGAGAGUGAAUAUAGCUACUAUGAGGAUAACAAGAACUACUGGAAUACCAUUCUCAACUUGGUGGAUUCCUCACCGUCCGACGAUGUUCUGAUCUAAGGCUCCCCACCAGUAAUUCCGCCAAAUUUUUUAAAAAUUCUCAUAUUGUUGUUAUGUUGAUAGCUUCCAAAACUGUUUCUACUUUCUUUACUUUAUUUAUAUAUGAUGAUGAUUAUAUCAUGGUCUUAUGAUGAAAAACUUCAUGAAAAUGACCAUUUGGCAAUAUAUGUGAU